AUGUCGCCCAACUCACCCUCAAGUACAAACUCGUCAAAUCUCUGGCGAUCUUUCGUCCAAGGAACGACAGACGUCAAGACUCAUCACACAGUAGCAACAAAUGAAGCGAAAGACACCCUCCUUUCUGCCGAUUAUCUCGAAGAAGUCGACAAACUGCAAGUCGCACGCAAGACUCUUGUACCCGACAAAUACCAAAAGUCUACCCCCAAGCGCAUCAUCAUCUGCUGCGACGGCACAUGGCAAUCUUCAGUCAGCGGCCAACAGAACAUCCCUUCCAAUGUGACCCGCCUGUCCCGAUCCAUCGCGCUGACGGGAUCGGUUAAAAAGGAUGGAACAAUCAAGAAGGAUGAAGACGUCAAAAAAGACGCUGAAGAGGAUAGCAUCUGCCAGCAGGUCGUCUUCUACAGCGCCGGUGUCGGCACCGGCGGUGGUGUAAACAUCCUCGAGAGGGGCAGACAAGCUACUUUUGGCGACGGUCUUGUGGCCAGCGUUAUCGAGGCGUACAACUUCAUCGUCAUGAACUAUGCCCCACACGACCAACUCUUCUUCUUUGGGUUCUCCCGAGGGGCGUACACAGCUCGCUCCGUUGCGGGUCUCAUUACAGAUAUCGGUAUCAUCCAGCCCCAGGAGAUGGUCGACUUCCCGGCUCUGUACGAUCUUUACCGCAGACAUAGUCACAACGACAGCUUCAACUUCCGCCAAUCGAAAGAAUACCGACAGUGGAUUACUGGCGUUCGUGCAAAGGGGUUCCAAGACUGGCAGGGUCACGAGCAAGAGGACCAUCACUGGGACCAAAAGCCGCAUAACCUUCCCCCAGAGUUUACGAGAGCCAUUGAGGUUGUCGGAGUAUUCGAUACCGUCGGUAGCUUGGGCAUUCCUGGCUUGACUUGGACCCAAGGUGCGACUACCAAAGUCGCUAGACUUGCCCCUUGGCUUGGCAUCGAUGACCUUGGGUUUCACAAUCCUUCGCUAAGUAGAUACAUCAAGCAUGCUUACCAUGCACUUGCCCUCGACGAGCAUCGACAGCCAUUCACGCCCACUCUAUGGCGUCUCCCACUGAAAACUGAUCAAUGCCCUACCUGCCACGAACAGCCAAAAGCUCAGCUUGCGAAGAAGUUCAGAUCCCUUUUAAAAGUGAACUCGAGGGCCACAGAAGAAGAGCUUUCUGGAGCAUGGAAAGCCCUGAUCGAGCGGGAGAUGGCGGACCAGCUGAACGGCGACCAGCCCACGCUGCAGCAGGUUUGGUUCCCGGGUGGCCACAUCAACAUUGGAGGCGGCAAUCCAGGUCUUCUCUACGGCUUCCCAUUCGAUUUUGAGCAAAUUUCUCUCAUUUCCUUCACCUGGAUGUGUGAUCAGAUCAAGACCUUCAUCCAGCUCGACGACGAGCACGGAUACAAGGAUGGAAAGUACACAAUGUCGACGCUUGCCGACCGUGAGAUUGCAUCUCGCAACCGACUCAUCCAUAGCUCAAGACACCCGCAGCCAUUUGGUGUGAACUGGGUGGUGCAACGUGUCCGACAAGGGUUGGACUACAGCAAGAUCUAUGAGAUGUUCUUCAAGGCCCCCUCGUACGAUCCGGAAGCUGCGUGGGCCACGGGCCCAAUCGUCGACAUUUUCGCGCCCAUAAUGAGAGCUGUGCCGUUCUUGUCGAAGUUCAGGACUCCUGGUGAGUAUAAGAAAGACGACGUUGGCAAUGACCUCGGGCAGACGAACGAAGAGAUCCACCCGUCUGUUAAUUAUCGCGUGGCGAACCAUGCCACAUACAACCCUAGUUCCUUGGAGGGGUUCACCAGGUCAAAGAAGAUGGCGAGCAAGGGGAAGAAGCUCGAGUUCUUGUAUGAGUGGAAGAAGGGAGAUGUUGUCGUGCCAGAAUAUGUGAUCAAGCCGGCCGACCUGAUUGCUCGUCGUCUGGCCGAGGUUUCGACCGGGGGCAAUAAGUUUGUCGACGACCUGGUGAAAAGGGCCGAGGUCUCUCUGCAAAGUAGCUGA